AUGGCGGGGCUGAAGCAGUCGAAGAGGGUCUCUUGGGCCCCGGCCGUGAAACUGUGUCAGGUAUCAAUGCGUCGCACGACUUUGUAGGCAAAUCGUUUGAUUUCUCUUUCAUAGGAUCUAAAAAAUGAUUGCGUCUGUCUCUCUGCCCCGACUGAUUGAGAAGAUUUAUGGUGUUGUUUGCCCCAUAUUUCUCUCUCUCUCUCUCGCCAGCUAUUAUUUCUGUGUCGCAUGAGAAAUUGCCACCCUCACUUCUUUCCCCUUAUUUUUUAGCCAAAUCCCAAGUCAAUUAUUAGACUGUAUCUUCGUGGCCUGUGAUUUCAAUUGCAGUGGUCCCAUCCACACCCUGUCGAGCGGAUCGGCUCUGUUUUUCCUGUUCUUCCCUCGUGUACCUUCCUUCCCCAAGCCCAUCGGUCAAUCUCGACAGAGUAGUUGUCGAAUUCCUCCCAUGAUUGGAGAUUUUUUUUAAUGAAGGAAACGAUUAUGACAAAAAUGUAAUUGGAACGACUGACGUCCGACUCGGAAUAUGACGACUUCUUUCACCAGAGAACUGAUGUGUUCCGGUGGGCGGUCGAUGAAUCAACUGGUUAUACUCCUGUUUCAUCAUAAUUUUGAAACAAUUGAUCAGCUUAAAUCUAUCACCUCCUUUUAUCCGUUGUAUGAUGCAGACCUAUGCCUGAUCAAUCAAUCAGCUGUUUCGAUAUUCGUUUUAAAAUAACAACGAUUGUUACUAAUCAGAUAUCAAAUCCAUAUUGGCACAAUUGAGUAAAUUAGGUUAAGAACAUCAGAUUACUUCAUGUUGGAUACCAGCCCCACUUCUUCUCUAUGUAGAUUCAUAUCGCCCUCAUUAAUAACGGAAAUGUCUAAGAAAACACUUUAAGAGAGUAAUAAACACAUGAAGUGAUGUCUUGUUCCUAUUUAUCAGUAUUUCCAGUACGACACAGACUUGAAAGUUUAGCCUUUUUCUUUGCAAGAAGUCAACAAGAUAAGAAUUCUUAAAGAUCAGUUCGAAAGGAAUUUAAUGUAAAGAAUUUAUUUAAGGAGUUUAUAACCAGACUUCCAGUCUUAUUUGUGCAUGGAAAAUGCUGAAAUUGUCGCCUGUGUUCUGUGCGUGAUGAUUGCUGAACCUAUGGGGUAUUAUGACAACCAAACCCAGGAUGCGCACAAUAGUUCUAUGCUGUUAGAUGUUUGGCCGUUGGCUAGAUGCUGGCUUCCCAAACCCUACAACUUGAAGCAAUUUCCUACAAAAGUGGCCGUCCUAGUGUAAUAAAGUACUUUGGCAGCAUAAUGAAAUUUAAUUCCCGGCAGUGAUGUGUUUGGUGUCGGCUUUAAAUGACCCCAUCGCAGGUUCUCAUGCAUGCGCUACGCUAAUAUACACCCUGAGUGAGGGGACGCUUCUGUCUUCAGUGUGAGCAGAAUUUCCAUGAGUCUGAUUCAUGGGAUGGACACAUGAUUCGACCUAUUUGGUUUUCCACAGUUGGCAAAUGUCACAAGAUGGGAUCGAAUUACCUUUCUUGAAAGCUGUUAGUGGUUAGAUAAUUAGUCUAUGCAGUAAUAUGAUUCAUGAAUGAUAUUUAAUCCAUCAGUAAUACGUUUUAUCGUAUUGAAGUUUGAUUUUCAUUUAUCACCAUCUGCUUUCCUUGGGGAAGGACAGAAGGUGUCAGGCCUAUUUGUCAAUUGAUAAGAACCUUCACUGUCUAGCCUAGGAUCUCUGGCCAGGGUUGAUGAAACCCAUGAGUUUUCUUCUGUUUCUUUCCCAUUGCAUAGACCAUAAACCACGGCAUCACCAUUAGCAGAAUUAUGGUUCAGAUACGUCUUUUAGUUGUUAGACUGUGAAACAGCCAGAUGUACGUGAGCUGUGGGAAGUCCACAGGGUUUUGGGAUUAAUUAUGAUACAGUGUGUAUACUAUCACAUCGUAUUUAUUUUUGCUGCUAUGGUGAGAACUUGUGGCUACCUUGGCCACCCCUAUUUUCUGUUCUUGCCUUCCAGCCCUUGCCCUCAGUAUCUGUGACCUGAAGAAAGAUAUCGGGCUAGUGACGUAAAAUGUGGGCAGUUGUGACUCGAAUUGAUUUUAGCUCUUUUCCCCUAAGAUUUUAUAAAUGUGCUUGAGCAAUUGAAGAUCCCAUUAUGGCUCUACCUUCAUAAAAAGCGGAUGCUUGUUCUAGUGUUCCUGACUGAAAUUCUGGGUUGGUUUGGCUGAUUCUUGAGACUUUCAAGACGGAGAAAAUAAAAUUCAAACAUGCAAAAUAAUAGGGAAACAAAAUAAGGUCACAGAAUAUAAAUUAAAAAACUGGAAAGUAAGAGAGUAUAUUUGAAGAGUGUCGUGGAUAUCCCAAUGCGAAUACAGAAUGGCAAUAAUGAGAAACAAAUACAUUCAUCUUAGGUUUAGCAAGAACUUUAAGAUGAUCACUGGGAUUUUUAGCCUUGAAUCUAAUAAAUGUAUCUCUCUAGACAUUCUUAUACAAUCAAAAGUUGUUAAGACACCUCUCACCAUCUCCAUUUAUUUUUUCCCCGCUGAGCUCAGCCCCUUUUUAGGAAGCUUUUUAAUAACUACAUUUUGAUUGAUGUAUGUUAAAGUACGAAGCAGAUAGGGCGGCACCUGAAUUUCUCUGCUGUUUUCUUAGUCCCUUGAACAUGAGUGAGAGCCUCUCUUUUUUCUGCAGUGUGGCCGUUAUCAAUUUAUGGUGUUCCUUUUCCUGAUGGCUGAGACAAAGGUUAAUCUGAGUAAUUUCAUCCGAGGAUUUACUAUUACUCCCUGUCGUUCGAGCCAUCUAGGGGUUCCCUUUAAACUUAAAACUUUUAAUGUCACUCAUGUACAGUAAUCUGGUAUGAACCUAAUGUCCUGUCUGAGUUGUUUUAUGAUCAUCCUUGCCAAUUUGUUAGCUUGUACUGUAGUGGAACCUGGAUACCAGCAUCUCUUCUGUCGACUAUGGUUUCUUUAUUUUCUUAACUAAUCGUUUUUCAUCAGAGCUUUUAGUCCCUUCUUACCAUCUUUCCUCCAAGCAUACAUUAUUCCUCACCCCAUUCAAUUUGAGUUUCAUUUUAAUUUUGUAGUAUUUGCAAAUAGCAUAGACGCCAUAUAUCUGGUGUCAAAGGAUUCAGUGGAAUUGGCCAGAUUUUAAGAAUAAUCUUGUGAAAUGCGACUAGGGUUUCUCCAAUCCAACCCAAACAAAAGAUGGGUACCAAAACUAUAAAAAUGUUUGGAUAACAAGAAUUUAUGAUAGAGUUGUGAAGAUGUUAAUGCAGGAUUUCCUUGUGUUCCUGUGUCCUGAGAAGGCAAGGUCCCAGUGUUUGUUGUUUCACUAGAACAAUUGGUAGGUAGCAAGUGAUCGUCCAGAUGAAGCAACUAAGGAAAGUGAGAAAGUGAAAACCAAAGGAUAUCCCAUGUUGGUUUAAGGAAGGCUGAUACUGAAUUGUGUGGACAUCCCAAAAAACUUAUCACUGGAAAUGAUAUUUCUUAUGAACCAAUUAAGUUUCCGUUUGAGUGCAUAGACAAAGAAAUGAAAAUUAGUGAAAAAUAAGGUAUUUUAUGUUGUUUAACAAAAAAUAUUUAGUAAAUAGUCUGAGAGAGUCACAAAAGGAGGGAAGGCCACAUGCAGAGAUUUCCUUUUGUCCUUUUUUUAUGUUUUCUGUGAAGAAAAUUGUCUGGCUUAGGAAACUAAGGGCAGAUUUGUCUUCCUUUUCUGUUUAACCUUUUUUGUACAGCUAUGACUGAUUACCUUGUCGGCCACACACCUGCGGUGUUCUCCUUAAGGAGCACGUGUGCCUAAACAGACUUAAGGUCGAAGUCUUGAUGGUGGGUUGCGUGUGUCCUGGACCCACCCUGGGUUUACCCAGCUCCAGGUCGGAUUAUACGUUUCCAUGCAUGAAGAAUCACCGACUAUAGAGACAGACUCUCUUUUUCCCUUAUCCCAACUGUUUUCCUGCAGUUAAUCUUCUUGAAAAGAUGAUUAUGCAUGAGAAUGGUAGUCUUUAGCUAGCAUAACCAAAUUAAUUUGCCUGAAAAUAAAGGCAUACACUUGAUUUUCAUAAUCUGGAAACGGAAUAUGAUUGUUCAGAGUAUAGUAUAUCCCGGACAUAUCCUCUGAUCUGUACAAGUGGUCUCUUUCAAUGAUCACAGAUAGAUUCUCAAAACAGUAAGUUUUGACUAUGUGGAUGGUGUAAUAUUUGUCUGUUAUUGAGAAAUGUCUUUUCAGAUUAGCUCAAGUUUUUGGUUAUAUCUGUACAGCUUCGCAUACUCUUUAACCUCAUUUUCCCUUUGUUUUUAUUAGUUAUUGACCCUAGUAUCACCAAUGACAUCUAAAUAGGUCAGACUUUUUCUAUCGGAUGAUACCCCGUCUCAAUCUGGGUCUGGAGCGCAAGACCAUCUCCAAGCGAAGGCUUCAUGGCUGUGGCAUUCAAGAGAAGCGGUGAACUCUGAUGAAUACUUGCCUCCUGGUUUCGAAGCACCGCCUCUGAUCCAGCAACAGCCCAAAGCAGUCCAGAUUCCUCUCAUCAAAUGGAAGGUCCCGCUCAAAGUGAGGAUAGAUUUUUUUCCUGCCUCAUCGUCACUGCUAAAAAAGGUGCUGCGUUGUGGGUCGAAUUAUGGCUCUAACUCUUUUCUUGUACAGUUUUCUUUGAAUCAGGAGUGGCUGGUGGUGGCUGGAGAGGAAAGCAAGGAAGUAGAGCUUCAGAACCAGAGGCAACUGGGAGUCUUCGAAGCAAUCUAUCCCCGUCUAUCAUCUAUUCCUCCAAAGUGAGAUCUCCCUUACCAUCUCUCAACCGUGUCAUCUCCCCUGCUCCAACCCACUAUUACAUGUCUGUGUCCACUGAUUCAAUUACUUAUUGGCCCUUCAUUCAGUCCUAUCUCAUCGGAGGAGUCACAAGAUCUCCACCACGAUGAGGCUCAGACUCCGCCUAUUCCUGUGAAUGCCAUCGAAGAUGAUCCAACAGAUGAACUCGACCUGCAAGCAGCACUUGACACCUCCAGGUACGAGCAGCAGCAUUCAGAGGUGAUUGAAAGGGUGACGAUGGAUAUCCCGACUUUGCCAAGAGGGCCGGCAGAAGGUGCUGAAUCAGGGGUUCCAAGUAUGCCCAAUGACGGAAAGCCCGUGUUCGCCUUUCCUCCCGGUGUAGAACCUGAUGUGGUGGCGGCUGCAUCCGCCGCCUUUACAGCAUUGAUGAGGAGCAGUGAGGAGGGAAGCCUCAUCGACCGUGAUUUGCUCAUCAAAAUUCUCAGCAAUCCAAGCCUGAUAGAGAAGCUACUCGCAGAGUAUGGAACACCUAGACAACAACAGCCACCGGCCAUGAUCCCCGCGGCUGUUCGACCAGCACUACCUGCCGAAGUGAAUCCCCUGCCCAAGCCACAGAUUGGGCAUAUUCAUUCCCAGAGUGCCGCCGCUCUACCCACUCCCAAGAAUCCACCGCCACUUUUAUCUACGGAAGUCGGGCUUGCUAACACGCCGCCGGUCAGGGGCCCUCCGAUGAGGGAUAUGAGCUACUUCAAGACCUUGAUUCAGCAGCACGGCGGAGAUGGGUACGAAGUGAUGGACCCGGGCUAUGCCCCAUUUGACAGGCACCAUAAUUAUCUUUACAAGGAUACAGGUGGUGGGAGUAAUGUGGAGCAAGGGAAUCAGAGCACGACGGUGCACAGGGAUCCCAAGUCGAGAAUACCAAAGCCUUGUGUGUACUUCAACAGCCCCCGGGGGUGCAGGAAUGGGGCCAGCUGUUUGUAUAUCCACGAUGGUUCACUUCCUCAGAGGAAUGAUCGGCAGAGCAGAAAGAAGAUUAAGCUGGAUAAAGAAACGAUCAGAAGAGGCUGA